CACUCAGUACCUGCCGAGAGCUAGACACUUUCUGCUUUAGAAUUAGGUCACAAGACUCACAUACAUUUGAAAUCCACUUAUCUUUGCUUCAACAUGGGGUCCAUCAGGGUUGCUGUUGUCAUGGCAAUGGUGAUGAUGGUGCAUGCAGACAUCAAGCCACAGAAGGACUUCAACUUGCAAAGGUUUGGAGGCAAGUGGUACCGAGUGGGCCUGGCGUAUGAUUCCCCAGGAUUCCUCCCAUACAGAGCUCUGCUGACGGCUUCUAUGGGCAUAGUCAUUCCACUGCCUAAUGGCAAUGUCAACCUCACCAUGUGGGAGCAAAGUCCUGCUGGCUGUUUGACAAAGACGUACCAUUAUGAAGCGACCAGUGUGCCAGGACAGUUUUCCUACUUCAGCUUACGUCAUGGUAUAGUGAAGGACAUCACAGUGGUGGAUACCAAUUACACCGAGUAUGCCAUAGUCCUGAAGAAUAAAGUAUUCAACCGGGAGUACACCCAAGUGGCUCUGUAUGCUCGCAGUUUGAAAGUAAAAAAUGAAGUUUAUCAGAAGUACAAAGCCUUCGCCCUGUCGCGUCACCUUCCCAGAGACUCAAUCAUGACACCUCCUCCAGCAGAGAACUGCCCAGCUAAUGGAUACUAACAGAGUCCAGAACUGAUGAAUUGGAUGCUUAAAACUAUGACAUCAAAAAUGUGCCUUCUGUGUAGUUCCUUUCUCAGGGUUCCCAGUUCUUAAUUUACAUUUUCAUUUACAAGUCAAAUAAAUAAACAUACACUAAUCAAA